AUGAGCACGCCGAAUCACCCCGACAGAGCGCCGUUGGUGAGCAAUGCUCAAGGUCUUCACCAGCGCGAGGAUGAUCAGCAGCAAAAUACCGGCCCCCGCAGUGUCUCCGUCUUUUCGCAGCCGCAGUCAAUGCAGGAUAACGGUGAGUAUCUCAAGGAAGACGACUACAGUCGCCGCAUGAGCAUCAACUUGUUUAACAUCGACAUGGAGCCGCUUGGCGUGUCGGAGGUGCUUCUGGAUGGGCAUCGGAAGCACAUGAACGAUGACACGCACGGGGGCAGUCACCUAAAAUGCGUGUCGGAAAGCGGGGAGAAGGGCGACGAAGCUGACCAGCAUCCGCCAAAGCGACCCGGGACGUUGCGCAAGACGAUCCACGUGUUGCGUUUCUACUUCAACGUGGUCGUGCCAUUCGGCGGCUUCCUCGCCACCACCUUCAACCUUGCCUCCGCCACUCUCGGUGCCGGCAUCAUCUCCAUCCCCUCCGGCUUCAACCUGAGCGGGGUGAUCAUGUCCUGCGUCUACCUCAUCCUGGCUGCAGCUGGCACAAUCUACUCCAUGAACCUUCUGGCGAAGGUGAUGGUCAAGACAGGGCUUCGGACCUAUGCCCAGUCGGCGCGUGUGCUGCUCGGCCGCGGCGCCGACUACUUUCUCGCUGUGCUCAUCAUCAUCCAGUGCUUCGGUGGGUCUGUCGCGUACAUCAUCGCAGCAAGCACGCUGCUGAGCCCCGUCCUGAAUGCCCCGAGCGCGCCUGCGUUCCUCAAGACAAAGCAGGGCAACCGCAUCAUGACGUCGGUGGUGUGGAUCACCUUCAUGUUGCCACUCGUGUUUCCCAAGAAGGUGAACUCUUUGCGCUACGUGUCCACCUUUGGUGUUCUCUUCAUUGUGUACUUUGUGGCAUGCAUGAUUGGGCACUCCGCCACGCAUGGGCUGCACGACCCAUCGAUUCGAAGCGAGAUGCGCAUGAUGCGCACUGGCAACGAGGCGCUGGAGGGCCUCGGCGUGUUCCUCUUCAGUUUGAUGGUGCAGCUGAACGCCUACGACAUCUUCUUUGAGAUGCAGCACAAGACGGUGUUCCACUUUACUCUCUACACAACCAUUGCCACUGGUACGUGCGUGCUGCUCUACUUUCUCUCGGGCAUCUUCGGCUACGCGGACUUCGGCUCCAAGGUGCGAGACUCGGUGCUCUCGCUGUACGACCCCAUCAAGGAGCCCUACAUGGCGGUCGGCUACAUUGGCAUCAUCAUCAAGAUCUGCGUUGCCUUCGCCCUCCACAUGAUCCCGUUCCGCGACGCCCUCUACCACUUCUUUCGCUGGACCCCGGAGGAGGUGCCGUACUGGAAGCACUGCCUCGUCAUGGCCGUUCCGACGACAGCCGCGCUGCUUUGCGGUCUCUUUAUCCCGACCAUCAACACCGUCCUGGGACUGCUGGGCUCCUUCUGCGGUGGCAUCAUUGGCAUGAUCAUGCCAGCACUGUUCUAUAUGUACACUGGUGACUUCAACCUGCGCGAAGUGGGCAUGUUGAACUACGUGGCCACGUACCUGCUGCUCGUCGGAGGUGUUGUUUCGGUGGUCUUUGGCACCGUCACCACCAUCUACAGCACCUCCCAGAGCUCCUUCGUCUCGUAA